GUGAAGCAUGUUUGGGUAACUCCCUGUUUAGGAGUAAUCUCUCUGGAUACAUUUAAAAAAAUGUUAAAUCUGCUUAAUAAAUAGAACACCUGUUGUUGCAGAAAGACAAGGUUUUAAUAGCAGCUAAAGUCACCCAUUAUUUAUCACAAAAUGAAAGAGAGCAAAAGGACAUUGGCGUUGUCUAUGAUUAUACUGUUUCUUACAGCUAUAAUUGUUGUUGGUGCAACCUUAAUUGGAGUUUAUAUGACUCAGAAACACACAGAAGCGGUUAUACAAAUGGCCCUCAAUGAUCACAAUGGAGAAAAAGUCCAACAGACUGUGAUGGUCAGUGACAAGGAAAAUAUAGCUUUAUUCUAUGUCAAAGCCAAUAAUGAAUCAUCCACUAUCUUGUAUGACUACAAACAAGAAGUCAUUGCAUUUCGACAAAUGACCAGUGAAAAAUGUUAUAUUAUGAACAUGAGCCAGGCCAAUGUACCUAAACUGAAAGACAUUCUUUAUGACAUUAAACGUUUCCAGGCUACGAACACCACACGCCUGAAUAAUAUGAAUUACAACUUGUUAGAAGAAGAAGAGGCCGAUAAUACCAAACUUGGAAUCACUGUGAAUAUCCUCUGCAGUGAUGCAACUAUCUAUUGGGCAACAAUGAGCAAGUCAGAACGUCUUCGUUGGAAGAUAACUAUCCCGUUUAAGAUAUUUGGAUUUCAGGGAUCUAUAACAAUUGAAUUUUUUUAAUUCACGGACUGAAAUCUGUUAUAUUUUAAUUGCUUUCAUACAUGGACACUCUUGGACAACUAUCGGACCAACUUUUAUAAAACUCAACCAUCACUAUGUGUACUAUGUCCAUUUUUGAUGGUUAUUUCUGAUGCCUCCAGAAACUUAGAGAGCAGCACAGACUCCAAAUCUGGACAAUUUUUUUAAUGGGUGGUACAGGGUAACAAAAAGAAAAUGGAAAAGAAGAAGGAGACAAACAUAUUUAGAGGGUGAUACAAAGGUCAAAACAACAAAUAGCUAAGCAUAUACUUUCUUCCAAUGUCUGUAUAAACUAAAGGAUAUUUGUGUGCACCUCUUACAGUCUCAUGUAUGUUAUGUACAAAUUGUAUUUAAUUUUCUUGUGUAUGUGCCAGAACUGCUUCUUUGUACCAGUGGGAAGUGUGAACCCCCUACAGUGGCAUGCACCAGGUAGCACAUACCAGACAGAUCUGGGGUUGCAAAUUACCCAUUACUGGUGUUGGAAAAAAGCACACAUCUAUGACAGGAAUAAAGUUACCCUGGGUUAGAGAAAUGCACAAACACACUGCUCGGUUUAUAUGAAAACCACUCAUUUUGUGCCUCUCUCUGUAGACAUUUUCUUUUCUUCUUUUACAUAGUUUAGAUGAAUGGAAAAACAGACAUGCUGCUACAAUUCCCUAAUGCCAGUUAUUUUAAUUUCUUUAUAUUGAUGAUGUCACUUUAUACUGAGACUUGUAUUUAGAGGUGUUUUGUAUACCUAGACUACAUCUAAUAUAUAAAGCUGUACUGUUUUGUAUUCAGGGUCACAUUAUAAUUAUAAUUAAAAAUCAUUAAACAGGGUAGAACUAAUAUUAACUGGUGUUGCAUUAAAAUAGAUAUAUUCCUGGCUGAAUCAAAUCAUUGCUGUGGAUGAAAAUAGCAUACACUAAGCACUAGAAGCAUCCUUGUCCUGCCAUACUAAUUGUAAGAAAUGUCCACCCAAAGAAUGCCUUUUUGCCUAAUCGAAGAAAAAGUAAUAUACAACAAUAAAAUACUUGUGGUUAUUUUAA